AUGUCUUGGUCAUAUAAACGCUUAAGAAUAAAUGGAAGAUACUUAAACAAUCUGUGGUUUGCAGAUGAUGUCAUUAUCUUUGCUGAGACACCAAAGGUCUUAGAAGAAAUACUCAGGGAAUUUGAAAGUAAGUGCAAAGAAGCAGGCUUGGAAAUGAAUAGGCAAAAUUGCAAGAUCAUGACCAAUGGGGAGCACAAACCUAUUGGACUUGGAGGAACCCUACUGGAGUAUGUAGAAGACUUUAUAUAUCUUGGACAAGUUAUGUCAUUUAAAAACAACCAAGAUAUGGUGAUAGAACAAAGAAUAAACAAGUCAUGGAAAAAAUUUUGGAGCCUAAAAUUUAUUAUGAAAAGUGAUCCAUGUCUAAAACUUAAAAGUAAGAGAUUUAACACUGCCACCCUACCUACCUUAACCUACGGAUCACAAACAUGGAGUCUUCCUAAAGCUCAAGUAAAUAAACGAAAAGUAACGAAAAAGAAAAGAGCAAUUGAAAGAUCAAUGCUUAAGAUUUCCAAAAAAGACAGAAUCAGGAUUAUAGAGAUCCAGGACAGGACAGGGGUGGAAGAUGUCAUAACAAAGAUUAAGAAAAAUGGGCAUGAGCUGGACAUCUCUGCAGACUACCAAAUGAUAGAUGGACUAAAACAAUUACAGAGUGGAUCCCGAUGGACAAAAGAAGGAAAAAGGGAGACCAAAAAGGAGAUGGCCAGAUGA